AUGGGCAGUGUCCAUAUUUCAUCCCAUGAAGCCCGCCUGGCAUGUCGCCAGAAUCAACUCACCAACACAUCCGGACUGGCCCCAGGCUAUCUACAAGCCAAUCUGUUAAUUCUACCAGCCCAACAUGCAACAGACUUUCAUGAUCUCUGCCUUCGCAAUCCCGUCUCCUGUCCAUUAUUAGGAAAGACGAUGACACCCGGAGAUCCAAUUACCGUCCAACCUGCCGGUUGCAUACAAUCGCCAGACUUUGACAUCCGCACGGAUUUCCCCCAAUAUCGCAUCUACCUGAAGGGGAAAUACCUCGAGAGUCGAAAAGAUCUCCUCGAUGUAUGGACCUCUAGUCACGUCGGCUUCUUGAUCGGAUGUUCUUUCUCCUUUGAAGAUGCCUUGACCGCAGCUGGCUUACAACCACGCCAUCAACGAACUGGCACAAUUGUGGCGAUGUAUCGCUCCAACAUUCCACUAUUGCCCGCGGGAAUUUUCACGGGUGGUCACUGCGUCGUUUCCAUGCGCCCAUAUCGUCCUGAAGAGGUCGAACGGGUAAGAGAGGUAACAAGACCGUACUUGUCGACCCAUGGCGAGCCGGUCGCCUGGGGAUGGGAGGGAGCGAAGCAACUAGGUAUCACCGAGAUCAACAAACCGGACUUUGGGGAGCCACAGGUCUUCGAGAAAGGUGAAGUACCGGUCUUUUGGGCCUGUGGCGUGACACCGCAGAUGGCAGUAGAGGCUGCGGGUGAUCGGAUAAAGGGGCUGGUCUUCUCUCAUGAGCCUGGCCAUAUGCUUGUGACGGACUGGACAGCGGCUAAUCUGGACAAACUACGACCAGGAAUCAUCUAA